GACGCUUCAAGGAACUGGAGAUGAACUGGCACUAACUGAGCUUGAUUCAUGUGUUCGGGCUCGUUUCUUGUUCGUCGUGCUUUCUAUCGUUUGAGUUGGACGGACGGUCGACGGUCCCUGUUUCCAAUUCUUAAUACAUACAAACGUCAUUAUUUUGCAUAAAAUUUUCAUUGUUGUAAAUUUGUUUAGUUAAUACGUCAUUCGCCACACGCCAAGAAAAUUCGUUCCGAGAGAGUGAAAUUCAUUCGAUCUAACCUUAAUCCAACAUCGCACCCCUCAAAACUGCGGUUCCAGUAAAGACUGUCAAAAAUUUGUUUUUUAGGAUAGACUGCACAUGUAAGUCGUAGGACGAAAAAAAUUUGUCGAGGAAGUUCACUCUUAUCUUGUUUGUCAGACUGGAGGGGCACCAAGUGCCUACAUCAGCAUCGCUCUACGACGCAGCAGGAACCAACGCAGCAGGACUCGACAUAACAGGAACCGCUACCCUGGCUCCAAGUAGUUCGAGCCCAGAUAUGGAUGACGUCAGUAGUAAGCGACAAGCUACAAGGGUAUUCAAGAAGAGUUCUCCCAAUGGCAAGAUUACGGUGUACUUGGGAAAAAGGGAUUUCGUCGAUCAUAUAUCACAUGUCGACCCAAUAGAUGGUGUAGUUCUAAUCGACCCCGAGUAUGUGAAAGACAGAAAAGUAUUCGGCCACGUUUUGGCGGCAUUUCGUUAUGGCAGAGAAGACCUGGACGUGUUGGGCCUCACUUUUAGAAAGGACUUGUACUUAGCUUCGGAACAAAUUUUUCCACAGAAUCCCGAGUCGGCUAAUUCAUCCAGACCUUUAACACGAUUACAGGAAAGGCUUAUUAAAAAAUUAGGCGCCAACGCAUUCCCAUUCUAUUUUGAGUUGCCGCCCCAUUGUCCAGCCUCUGUGACUCUUCAACCUGCGCCGGGAGAUACUGGGAAACCGUGUGGUGUGGAUUAUGAGCUGAAAGCUUUCGUAGGGGAAUCACAAGAUGACAAACCACACAAGAGGAACUCCGUUAGAUUGGCAAUCCGUAAGAUUAUGUACGCGCCAAGCAAACAAGGCGAACAACCAUCAGUGGAAGUGAGCAAAGAAUUCAUGAUGAGCCCCAACAAACUAUACUUAGAGGCCUCACUAGACAAAGAAUUAUAUCACCAUGGUGAAAACAUAGCCGUGAACGUGCACAUAGCUAACAAUUCGAACCGCACAGUAAAAAGAAUCAAGGUGUCAGUUAGGCAGUUUGCAGACAUCUGUCUAUUUUCCACCGCUCAAUACAAAUGCACUGUUGCAGAAACUGAAAGCGAAGAGGGUUGCCCUAUUGGCCCCGGCUUCACACUGAGCAAAGUGUUCACUCUAACUCCGUUGUUGGCCAAUAACAAGGAUAAGUGGGGUUUAGCUCUAGACGGUCAGCUAAAACACGAAGACACUAAUCUUGCAUCCAGCACUUUAGUUGCUGAUCCGGCACAACGAGAAAACUUGGGAAUUAUCGUCCAAUAUAAGGUGAAGGUCAAAUUGUGUCUUGGAGCUCUUGGAGGUGAUCUGGUGGCAGAGCUACCAUUUAUUUUGAUGCAUCCAAAACCAGAAGAAGAGGUUAUUCCACCAAGUGUUACCCCGUCAAGGAGAGUCAGCAAAGAUGGAGAGCAUGAGGUGCCAGUUGAUACAAACUUGAUUCAACUAGAUGCAGAUGAAAGCAACUUACUGGACCACGACGAUGACAUUAUUUUUGAAGAUUUUGCUCGUUUGAGGUUAAAAGGUGGGGAGACAGAUGCAUGAGGACUAGUGCAAGUAGGGGCUACUCGUCGUCCAUUUAUACCUAUACGCACUGACGUAUAUGUAACCUGCGAAUAGGCAGACAUUUUUGAAAUUUUUAUCAACCCCAGUGUGUGUACCCUAGUCAUGGGCUGUUUCUCAGCCCCAACCAAAAAAAAAAGCACUUAUUGUAACUUUCAGAUAAACUGUUUGUGUGCUGCUUUGUACUGGGUGUCCCAUAUUUAUCUAAAGAAUAAGAAGAAUAAGUAGAUAUUAAGGAUGCACUUUGAUAAAUAUAAAAAUAGAUAAAUAAGGCGAGUACAAAUUAUGUGUUUGUUAAAAUUGAAGGAAAUAUUUAUUGCCCUGUGUACAAUAAUGUUACUGAUAAUUUUGGGACAUCCAGUCUUAGGCACGUGUUUUAAAAACAUUUAAGAUAUCGAACCAAUGCUCAGAAUUUUUCUGGCAUACUUAUCCUAGUAGAUUUCUCUGUGUUUCUUAUUGUUUUCUUUUAUGGUCUGGAUGGAAAAAUGGUAUUAAAUUACCUUUUGAUAUUUGAAGUUGCAAAAAAUAAACAAAUCAAAUGGAUAGUGAAUUUCCAUUUAUUUAUGUGGAACAUUUUUAAUACCUGAGACAAAUCUUUGUCUGUCUCCCAAGUUCAAAUUAGGAUUAAUCGUUCGUUCUUAAAUGUUUGCACUACCAGAUUUUCUAAACAUAAUAGCUGUUUUCCUAAUAGUGGUUCUAUUUUGAGUCAAAGCACCCGCUUCAAUUUAUUUAGCUUUUUUUCCUAAUAAGACUGAUUGUAUCGAUGCUGAGCUGCGGAUAUGGCUGUGUCUGACGAAAAGUUUCAUCCAGAAAAAAAAAUGCAGUCUAAGUUGUAAACUGAUUUUUCGUUUCACGCUUAAGAAUAAUUGUCUUGACAUGGCUUUAUCUUGUAAAAGAUAUUUUAAGAUUGUGACAAAAUGUAUUGUGAAAUUUUGAAGGGUUAUUUAAUCAGUCAAACUAUAGCUCGCUCUGUUUUGCGGGAUUUCUUCCUAAUUUUUAUCAACGAACUUACAUAAUAUAGAUUAAGACAUAUUAGUAAUGAUAAUUGUUGUGUUAAAAAAAAUUGAAAAUUUUAAAAUGCUUGUGCUAUAUUUUUGGUAAAGCUUAUUUUGUAAUUUGUAGUAAUUUUAAGAUAAGCUCUAGUUUUGUAUUUUUACAUUUUUGCGCCUAAUAAAGAUAAAAUUUGUUCUCAAACUAUCAGAGGUUUAUUAGAAUAUUAGAGUGAGACAAAAUAUUACAUAGGCCCCAUUUAUUAAUUGGCAAAACAACAGAAAUUAAAUACUUACUUCAUGUUUCAAUCCAGUGCAAAUCCUCGAGUGGAACAUAACACUUUUUAACAUAUGGUCAAACUGAAGAAAACAAAAACAAUCCAACUUUCACUUUUCUUGGAUAAAAAAGAAAAAAAAAAUCAAUUUAUAACCUCUAUGUGCAUAUCCAUUUAUUAUUUCUCACGCAUUAUUGGCUAUCGUGUAGAAUUUCAUCUUGAAAAAUCAUUUCAUAAAGAUAUUCGUACUUUACAUUGUGAAAAUCUCGAAUGAUCGAUUAUAACCAGGUUUCGUAAUUAUUUUGGUAAAAAAUUGCCGUCCAGAACAAAAACUUUGACUAUGCAAUAUCCUAAAGUUUCACUAGGGCAGAAAAGUAACAAAAAGAAAUUAUAGGUCUGUUUCUGCACAAACUAGUCAGAGCGAAUUUCAUUGGUUGAAAACAGUCAGAAAACUAGUUUCAACCAAUGAAAUUCACUCUGACUGGUUUGUGAUUUCUGCAGAAACAGACCUAAUAUGUCACUCGAUUGUUGAAAGUGAAGCAAGAGUUGCUAUUGGAAAACAAAAUAUUCCACUGAGAAUAAGAAAAAAAUAUAUACAAUGACUACAAGAAGGUGCACUCUGUGCAACUGAAACAUAUUAGUAUAUUAUGUAUUUAUAUAUUGUACGUAUUUAAAUUUAUAAUAUGGUUCUUAUGAAUUUUGAAAAAGGUGCUUUGAACAAAUCUAGACCCGAAUUAUUACAUGUAAACUAAUAACUGUUUGGCCAGAUGUCUAUAAUAAUAAUAAUUGUAUUUACUGCUUUUUUUGAGGUGAGUUUAAAAAGUUUGUACUGAAUUUUUUUACAAACAUUUUUUAUUAUUUUUUUAAUAUGCACUUUUAUACUUGACAGAUACCACUAUUGUAGAAGUAAAACUUUCUAAAGCGUUUUUUAGAUUUUUAUUAGACAAUGUGAGAACCAAGAUUGAACUGUCUGUUGGGGGAUCUGCAAAUUGUAUUUGUAAGGUCAAGUAAUGUUAAAUUGACAAAAGUUGUCAUAAAUAGUCGCAUUAUUAUUUGCGAAGUAUUUGAAAUAUUGAUUUAAAUUUGAAAUGUAGGUAUGUGAAAGGGUCACAGGUAGUCCUAACAAGGCAUAUUUGAGGGUGUGAUGCUUUUUACAAGAAAAAAAAACUUUUGCUGAAGUACGUGGAUUAUGUCCUGUAACAAAAUCGGGAGAAAAUAUUUAUCACCAAGCAAGAAUUAUUACGCUUAUUAUUUAUGAACUUAGUGUAGUUUUUCUUUAUGUCAAUUUUAGAAUGGGCUAAAAGUUAUUAUCAUUAAUAUCUUUUUUUUUCAUCAAUUUUUGUUCUUGCGAUAAUAUGAAUUCCUAUAAUAGCCCAUUUUCUUCAUAAGCCCAUUUAAGUUUUAAAAUUAUAGUAAUUAUUUUAUUAUCUUAUUCUAUACAUUUUAACCCAUAUCGCAGUUUUAAUAUAUACCCAAUAUUGUGAUAUAUGUAAUUUAUUUAUGCCGAAUUAAUUUUUUAUAAUAUAUAUUUUUUGCACUGUGUGGUGAGCCUUGUGAUAAAUAUGUUUUCUUAAAAAAAAAAAACAAAACGUUUUGAAAAAUUAUUAUUAAUGUUUUUUUGUAUAGUUGAUUGCAUUAGGGCACUUUUUCUAAUUUAUUUGUUGUCAAGCAUUUUUAAUACCAAGAUUUAUUCAGUGUUAUUUUUUUAUGUUUUUUUUUGUGCCUUAGCGAAAAGUCUAGUCAGCGAAUGAUGAAUUCUAAUUCUAAUCAUUAACUUCGAGUAAAUUUUAGUAGGUAUUUAUUUCCUAAUUUCAUUCACUUUUCAAUGUUGAAGAAAAGUUGUAUAUUUUGCUGAUGGUUUUUUUGCUAAACCACAAAAUAUCAGGAAAUUGUAUUUAGGCAAAUGUUGUGAAACAUUAUUGACGUUUAUACAUAUGUAUCCCUUAAUCCAUAUAAUAAAAUAAUAUACUAGUCUUUAUAUUUGUAAGGGAAAUUCAUCACACAAUUGUCAAUUCGGAAGUCCAUUUUAUAAGUUAAGUCUUUUUUUUUUUAAUUUAUAGAAAAAAGCAACUUGCUCCUAUAUAUAGAAAUCUUAUUUAUUAUUUUUAAUAAUAAAAUGUGUAAUUAUUCUUUAA